AUGGAGACAAGACAAUCCGCGAGAAAGCGGAGAAACAGCACGCUGUUGAGCUCGAGAUGCGGGUCUCCUACCGCUCAACGCACAAGACCGAGUGUGUCUGCCGAGAGUACCGCGUCCAAGAGUACUUCGAGCACUCCGAGAAAACGCAGGAAGCGAGUCCGAUUUUCCGACCCCGGUCCUCGCCUGCAUGAUGCUGGUACCUGUUCAACCGGCUUGACCCCGGCGAUGAAACGCACUUCUUUUGGAGAGCGUAGCACCCAAUUCCCAACUCCUGGAGAUCGCUCGCCGAGCCGAACGGCCCGACGGAGAUCGGCACCAGUACCACGCUUUCAAAGGUCUUUCGAUACGAUCGAGCCAUUUGAUGAGAGUUGUUCCGAGCGAGUGAUGCAAUUUACCCCUCUGCGUCAGAUUCUGGACAUACGCACCAAGAGGAGGAUUCGCCGGAUCGGUUUAAGUGAUGAAAUCAAUCAUAUCGAGCGUGAGAAGCGCCAAACGUCUACCUUUGAGAGGACCUUAGCGGCUCUACGUGAAGAGCGAGACUCAUUAAAAAAUGAGUUGAUCGCUAUCAAGCAAAGCCGCGAGAUCCCAGAGGAUGACCUGCCAUCUUAUGAAUCUUUUUGGAUGUCUCCCCAAGUUCGUAUCCAGGAACUCGAGCGUGAGACGUCUCGUCUGCGCGACGAAGUCUCCGUGGCCUCUUUCCGCAAUCACGACGAUUUUAGCAAUGAAGGAGAAACAUUCGUUCUCAACGACAGUGCCGUCAUUGUUUCCAACUCUCCCGAUUUCCGGGGGAUUCGGGAUUGCCACUCGCCUGUGUCGGAUAGUCUGAUGCUUGAUCAGUCAAAUGCCAAUGUGUCAACUCAAACACAAACGCCGGAUAGUACUGAAGACUCGGAUCUUCACAGCCUCACACUCGAUCUGGAGACAGCUAGGAAUGAAAAGAAGCGACUGUUUAACGCAUGUCGCUCGCAUAUCAGCGCAUUCGAAACCUCGGGCAUGGGUGACAUCUUCCGCCAAUCGUCGCCGCCGCCAGAUUUCUUCGAUAAUAUGAUCUGUAUCCUGACAGCCGCACUUUCUCGCGCAUCCGACGUCACUCGAGCCCUUGAUGGAAUCAAUCAGGAGUGUUCCACCUUGGGCUUCCCGGGCACGAGCGCAGACGAUGUAAUCUCUGACAUGAAGUCCCACUUCCGCUCAGCACGCCUUGAGCUCGAACGUAUCAUACCGGGCGAGACUCCCAACGGUCUCGAAGAUGGGAAAGCAACACUAGGUGCCCUAGUCAAGCGGGUUAAGUCUUUAGCAAAGGACCUACGUGCGGAACGCAAGCAUCACUACGGCUCACUUGGCCGAGAGAAGGCUCUUCGCGGCCAGUUCGACAACCUAUUACAUCGGUACGAGGCAGCCGCAAGCAAAAUCUGCAAUCUCGAGGACUCGAUCGCAUCUUCAGCAGGCGAUAUGCUCCACACUAGAAUGCGCAUGCAAGAACUCGAGAACGAACAUGAGGAGAAAAAUAUCGGGAUUGAAAGAUUAAACGCCGCACUGGACAAGUACCAUGAUGAUGUGAAGAGCCUUGAAGAGCUGGUGGGCAGGUUGGAAGAUGAGAACCUAGCCGCCAGGGAUCAACAUGCCCAGCAGAUCUCUGACCUUGAGAAGCUAGUCGCCUGUGAGCGAAAGCAGCGAUUUGCUAUUGAGACAUCGGCAUCCGAAUAUGAAUCUCGAAUCCGCCAGCUGGAAGAAACCGUGGAGCAUAACAGAGUUCGUGCUUGCGACCUCACGGCCGAAGCUGAAUCUCUGGAGAAAGAACAUGAAGAAGCUCUCGAUGCCCUCAAGCAAAAUGCAAGCAAGGAAUUACAACAAUACGAAGAAGACGCCGGAGCUCUCAACGUUCGUAUCUCGGAUCUCACUACCUCGCUUGAGGAAACCCGAUCUGAAGCUCAGCGCCUCCGUCACAUGAAUCAAGGUCUCGAGGAGCAGUUACAUAUGGAAAUAGAUGCCCGUGAUGAUCUCCUCGAGAAGUGGGCCUCCGAGCAAGCUCGUGCCUUUGCCUCCAUGAAAGAGAGCGUUAGCUCAGAGCGAAGACGAGCCAGGGUCCGCGCGGCCAACUGGGAGCUCAAAUCGGACGAUCUCAUGUCCGAUGGGACUACCGUCAUGGGAAGUGAGCCUAUUACUCCUGUCAGCAUGACCAGGUUUGUUGAUAUUGAGAUGGGCCGGGGUAAGAAUCGCCGUCGCAUGGAUAGUGGGAUUGGCAUUCUUACUGAGGACGAGCUGCUGGCGAGUGAGGACGUUUCGGAUCUGCGGGAGGGAUUGGACUCUGAUAUCAAUCUGCCUUCGUCUGAUCUGAUUGAUAUAUAG